CUUUGCCAGUUGUCGACGAGGACGCCCACGGACAUCCCGGUGGAGGCCAAAGCCGCGUGGAUGCGACACCGACGUGCUAUAAAUAUACACGAAAGGCGGGCGGCAUGGCGGUCUUUGCACCCGAAAUGAACCUUCCGGUGCUGCAGGCGCUUGACGUCCGCGACCACUUUGCCCAUGUGCAGCGUCUGCAAGCGACGCUGUGUGCGAUGCCCAUGGCGCCCGAUGCCGCGUCCAUCCUCGCGCAGCUCUUCAGCACGCUAGCAACGAUGGAAGCCAAGUUUGCGACCUUUACGACGCACCGCGGCUUGCACAUUGACAGCACGACGUUUCUGCGCUGGCGUGAAAAGCUCGCUGCGGCCAACACACUCGAGCAGACGUACCUGGCGCGCAUCGCGGCGCUCGAAGGCGCGCUUGACGGCCAAGCACCCAACACACCCGAGGGUCCCACCCCCGAGUGCCACGUGGCAGAUGAUGCAAUGACCAAGCCCGCGGACGUCCCGGAGCUGCACGAUCUCGUCGCACAAGUCCACGCGUCGAUGCGCCAGCUUGCGGAGAAGGACGAUGAGAUCCGAUACCUCACGACCGCACUCAAACGACCGACAACACACGAGACCAAGCCAAAGCCAACACGCGCGUCCGGGACCCAAACCGACGACCCGCGACGAAGCCGAGGAAGAAAGGACACGACAGCAGACACGGACGCUCGGCUCGUCGCCGAACUCGACGCCAUUCGGCAACUCGUGGACCCGUCCGCGACGAUGGACGCUGUGUGGAGCCAAGCUGUUGCCAGCGGCGCACUUGCGACCGCUGUUUCGGUCAAGCAACGUGUCGCCUCGUACGUUUCGCAGCACCGAACGCGCCGAUCUUUCUUGGCAGACGACGCCCCAACACUCAAGCCGCGCAUCUUGCACCCGCCGCCGCUGCAAGCGCUACCCCAAGUACAGCCGCGCAGCAAAAGUGCUUUGCGUCGUAUGCCCAAGGUGCUGCCCAACCAAGUGAGUGACAUCCGACCGUCGGAUGACCCAAACAUGCAUCUCAACCUUGACGCGGCACUGCGCAUUUCCAAGGGCCCAACCUUCCAAACGAGCCGCGAGUCGAGCAAGCAACUGUUGCAUACCAGUCGUAGGACGAGUGAGGCAAUGGCCACUGGCCGCCGACAUCAUAUUCUUAUCAACACGGUGCCGUCGUUAUGAGCGAUGA